AUGAAGUCGCCUCAGACCCAGCGGCCAACGGGUCAAGCUCUGGGAGCGAACGGCGGCGAAGACUUGGCGGAGGCGCUGGGGGAGUUCGAUGCGGUGCUGGCGGAGUUCAACUGCCCUGCCGGCCGGCGCCGUUUCUACUACGGCGAGCACUUGGAGCGUAUGAAGCGGCGGAGCAGUGCCAGCGUCAGCGACGGCAGCGGCCUCAGCGACUCGGAGAGUGCAGAUUCACUCUACAGAAAUAGUUUCAGCCUCAGUGAUGAAAAGCUUAACUCUCCAACUGCAUCUACUCUGAGCUUGCCAUCUCCAUCAGUAACCCCAUGUAAAGCAAAGCUUGGAGACACAAAAGAACUGGAGGACUUCAUUGCCGAUCUUGACAGGACACUAGCAAAUAUGUGAAAUGAAUCUUUGGUCUUAUGCUUGCCUAUGGAAUG